UGAAUAUCAGAUGGAGAUCUGCCUUAGGCUGUACAUGCACGCGCGGGCGGCAGUAUCGGUUAUUAAAUAAAUCCUCAUGGCUUAGCGAACAUCGUACUUAAGUACUAGUGCUCGUAGGUGUAUCGCUCAGAGGUUCCAUUCACGACUUGCGGGCAGAUCACCACAAGGCGCAUACUGAAUGCCGAUUUAUCCUGAUAUGUCUUCCUUAUCGGUCUCAGACCUGACAAAGUUGCAGACAGUCAAGUACGCCAAUUUGGGCAGUAUUGCAAUCCUCGUAUUUGAUUUUUGCAUUACUUUUCCCGAAGAGGUGCGAUGGACCUGGUUCAGACCAUGGGAUGUAACUCGUGUCAUAUUUGUCAUUUCUCGAUAUUUGCCUUUCGCGGGUGUUGGAUUGACUGCAUAUGGCGAGCGAUUCACUCUGAUUUUCUUCAUCUUAUGUAUUGCUGAUGGGAAUAUAUUAGAUGCACUGCGUGUCGGCCAUAAGUGUACCUCUUCUCCGCAAGGAAAAAUCAUUCACAUCAUAAGUAUCGUUGCUGCGGAAUCCCUGCUGAUUAUUCGGACUUGGGCAUUCUGGCAGAGGAGCAAAAGACUGCUGAUCGGGUUAUUGGUUUAUAGUGCGUUGAUAAUUGCCGCCGCCCUUACUGUGGACCUCAGCCAUACGAUGCUGCUUCCAGGAGAGGAGCCUCCCCUAGGAACUUGUUAUUUCGAGGACACGCGCAAUGAAGCGGUCGUAUACAUAUUCUUGGCCAUGUUCGAAAGCGUGAUACUAAUCCUUACUGUGUAUAAGAGGGUCCACGAUUAUAAGAACUCUCAGAGCAGAAUUGUGGUAACCCUGUACCACGAUGGCAUGUUUUACAUGUUGUGCAUCCUCGGCAUCACACUCGCCAAUGUCAUCAUCGGAGCUGCACUUCCGAGUGCCUAUAGCGAUAUGCUUGAUGCGUUACAGCUGGUCAGUCACAGCGUCCUGGCAUCACGAAUUCUAUUCCGCAUCCGGGAUAGCAACGGACGUAUCCACGAACCGUCCAUGUCGGUAACGACCAUGGAAUUGGACUGUUUACGACCUCCGACGAUGUCGAUGAGUUGGACGGGUACUGCUACUCAAGUUUGAAGGAAUGUAGGUGUAUUCGGGAUCAUCACCCUCUGUUAAAAUGAGAAGCUUCUUAACAAGCUGCCUCUGUACCUCCCGAUGACUGUAUCGACUGGACUUUAGCUUGUUCCUAGGGGAAACAUGCAGCUGUCAUUAGCACCGUGCAUAUU